AUGCCCAUCCCAACCCUCCAAACACUUACAUCAACCCUCAACACCCACUCCCGCGUAAACGUCGCUCUCAGUGCCUUCGCCCUUCUCACCUCUACGCUCCUCCUCCCAGCCGCAUAUCGCGAUUACAAAAUCUUCAAAUCCUACGGCCCAGGCGGCGUCCCAAACAACGCCCUAGGAUGGAUCCUUGUGCGCGUAUUCUUCCAGCCGUUCGGGCGCGAGAUGCUCAGUACGGACGAGUAUGUGCGGCGUAUUGCGGCGGCGGAGGGGCAUGGGAAGGGCGAUGAGGGGUUCUUGAUGUUGUCUGAGAGGAGGAAGGAGGGGAGGCCUGUUGUUGGGCCUCAUGUUGUGCCGCAGAGGCAGUUGACGCAGGUGCCGGAUGAGGUUGUUAUGGAGAAAUUCUGCGAUGUGUUCAAUGCCUUCGGUCUGCGCAACCAUCACCUUGUCAAACUAUCUCGCUCGAAUCUCGAGAAUCAUGUCCCGGCUCUCUUCUUUGCUGAUCAUAUUCCUUCGCCUGGGAUUUUGAAUGGCGAGAUUGCUCAUAUUCAUUCGGGGAAUGAUCACUCGGCACAUGUUAUCCUCGCGCCAGCUGAUUGCAUCAAAGUAAUCGAAGCAGGUUGGGGCCAGCGACACGCUUUCUCAGGCUCAUCGGCCAUGACGUACCUUUCCCUUGGUACCAGGCCAGACAUCCCAGCCGAAUAUCUUCUCAUCUAUGCGCCCCGGACAGAGGCGGAGAUCGAGACUGUUAUGCAGAUUAUUGCGGCGGCUGUCAAGUUUAUGACUGGGAGGGAGGAUGUUCGGUAG